GAAACCGUCUGGGCUCGUUAAUGGUUGACGGAAGGCUGUCGACAGUACCAGCACAAAAGGCGAGGGGCUUCACCUUUCACAGGCCCAGGGCAACAUCUGCUUCUGGACCAGCUCUCGCCAAGGACUACUACCAUGUGGAGGGUAACACAGAUACGGACGAUGACACGAUGGCACCGCCUGAAUUGACAACAGAAGCUGGCGCUGGGACUGCUGGGGUGUCUUUGAAGGCUAGACCACGUCGUGCAAGGCCGGCGACCACCCCGAUGAGAAGGAGGGUCGACCCGCUGAGCCUUGUGUCCAGGCCUGGUGUUCUACCUACUGAACAGCCCCAGCCCAGCCGCAGUGAACUUGCUCGGGUUUUAUCCCGCUCGCUCAGAUCCAAUCCUUCUGCAAUGAUGCAAGCGUUCUACGCCCGACAGCAUAUUAGGGUACACGGGCACAACAGAAGGCCAUGGUCGAGCCUGUACACGGACAGAAGAACCAAAAACAUCUCUUUGAAGCCUGACAAACCGCAGAGGGGCAUUUCCGUGGCGAACCCGAUAUACCUUCGGCGGAUGAGAAUGAUGAUGAAGGCCAGCGAGCCUACAAAGCCAAGGGAAGAGAAAAUCCACCCGUUUCGCCCCUGGAAGCCUCACAUCUGGGAGCGCAUGUUUAGGUGCGACUUCUGCCUACGAGUGGUCUCUUCGGGGAUAACUCGCGUACCGUGCAUCUUCUGCGACAUCGUCGCUCACAUUGGCUGCCUUCACAACGCCGUCCUCGAGGCCGAAGGCGGAACGCGCUCUCCCGCCGACUGCGGAACGGUGGUGUCUUGGGCGGAAGUAUUGAUGAUGCCAGCGAUGCCAACGGUUCCGAAGCUGGACAUAAGCCUCGAGCGUGGGUGUGCGGACACUGCACGAAGGAGCACCUGUUGCAAAUGGAAGAAAAGGGCGACGGCGGUGAUGGCGGCGGCCUGUGAUACGAGUGAUCAAUCGCGUCUCCGAAACUGGAAGGGUGGUUACUCGAGGGACUUCGACGAUGACGAGGAGUAUGACCCACAACAACGCACGGUGCUUGACGGCAUAACGUUCGUUCAAGCUAGGUGGAGGGGAACACGGGCGAGACGCAAGCAGGACGCGCUCAAACACUCACAUUUCAGAGCUUGGACGUUGGAGGUCGUGGGUGUCGACGGCCUUACAAUCACCUCAAGAACUGUCCGCCAUUUUCAAGCACUCAGCACUGGAAACAACGGCAAGACCUCUUCCGCUUCAGACGCUACAUGGCACCUGUGUUUGCACCAGUACCAGUACCAGGUCGUGGUCACCGUCAUCCAGGACAUGGCCCCUGUAGGGAUCGAGAGCUCCGCCCCGCCGGUGCAGCUCUUUCGCUUCGACACACCAGCUUUGUCUGUCGCUACUACUGCCACCGCCGAUACGGUAGAGGCGACCGCGGCUGCGGUUGCGGCUGGGAUUCCUGCUGCGAUGAACAAGGGUGGGGCGCGGCCUCUCACCCCCCGGUCGAUGAUCGGGGGAUCGGCAACCGAGCAAGCCAGCGUGGAGUUCAACAGCAAAAUAUUCGUUCCUGGAACCAAGCCCUGGGUUACAGCAGUCUUUACCGUUGUGCGUCAGAGUAUCCCGCACGAGACCAAGGAAAAGGCAUCGCCAACGCAAGGAAAGCGAGGAAGAGCGGCGGCGGCAGCGGCGGCAGCGGAAAAAGUUGCAGCGGCGGCGGCGGCGGCGGCGGCGGCGGCGGCGGCAGCGGCGCCACCGGUUUUGGUUGGUCAAGCGCAUGCCCAUCUCAACACGGACCUAUGUAGAGGGACCAGCCGGCACUUUUCUCUCCCGCUCAGCUCCCAAUACUUCCCGGUGGACACUUUGCAAGUGGCAACUCCGGACCACUUGCCCGAAGGAGUGACGAUUCGCGCGAGAAUCGGGCCCUUCAGCGACAUUGCCUCGAAAUGCGGGUACAUUCAUGUGACGUUCUCCUCAGGCCGCUUCAACGCACCGACCGAGCGGCCAUCGAGGUACUUCGGGGUCCUCGCGAGCGGCGUCCUGCGUCUGUACAGCAAAGCCUACUCUCAGAAGCCCCCGAGGGCGAGGCUGACGUUACAGGGAGCCAGCGUAUGGGCGAAGAAGGCUGCACGACUGGUAUUUGUGUCUCUAUGUACGCCAGACGAUGCUGGCCGGACGGACUUUCAGGUUGGUUUAGGGUUGGGUGGCACUAGUCCUCUCCCACAAGGGAAGAUGCCGGCGGCUAGGGAAGUUGGUUUUUAGUGGUAACGGCAGAUGUAGUGUGUAGAAGUUGUGAGAUCGACAAGGACCCUCAGUUGGACCGUAACGAGCAUGCAGGGUUGUUGAACAUUCUUGUUUCUUUUCUCGCCCAUGUGAUGCAAUGUGAAGGAUAUGUUCUCACCUCUACGAAAACGCUGUUCCAGGCUCUUCUGGUGAUGUCACCAUGAGCGUACCGAAACAUACAACAAGCAUUGCAUGCGUUGAAUACCAUUUCAAUGACGGCUGAGAUGUGCAUUGCAUUCUUAACAGAGCCACGUAGGGCAUAAUGUGUCGUGGAAUGGGUCGUGAGGGAUGACAGUACCCUUGUUUGAAGCAUACCGCUCUACAGCUCCACCGCUCGUCUCUAUUCAAUCGUUCUGUAUCUCAGCUUCUUCUCUCAUGUCGCUGUCCUUUCUAUCCCCCGGUCUUUUCGCCUCUCUGUCCCGUUCCCCCUCACACGUGCUUCGGCACCAACGAGUUGCGCAACAGAUAUUUGUUGAUGUAGGUCAGAGUCGAACGCGUAACUUUUCUUGAAGACUGGUAGAGAUGCAUACAGACGGAAAAAGAGCCAGAGAGCGAGACUGAGGUAUCGUCAGCGAAGACAGAGUUCAAAUACGUCAUGAACGGAUGUCAAACAUGCUUCAGGUCCACGCGAGCGCUCUGGAUGAAGUUAACGCGUGGAGGAGUCGCCUGCACUCGGCCUCCGUUGCUUGAAAGCCCAGAAAGCGCCGAGGCGAGAAUAUAACGAACAAUGGUUGAAGUUUUACUUCUGCUUGUUCAUCUUUGGAAGGAACGUAGUCAGUUGGUAAGGUCAUCUGUGAGAGAGAAUGGUUACCAUGACGCGUUUUCCCGAUUUCUCGAGAGAUCGUGGUUGACCGCAGAUUCAAUUUACUACGAAAUGCCUUUGUGAGCAAGUUGAAACCUGGCGUACAGGGGCACCUCUCGUGGUCCCACCCCUCCCUUGCAUCAUGUUGUCGUGGUUA